CAGUGAAAAACUGGCAAGAUGCUGAGGCUCACUGUAACAGCGAGCAGGGUCACCUGGCCAGCUUCCACUCACAGGAAGAACUGAGUUUCCUGACUGCUUACAUGCCAGCAGAGGCCUGGGUGGGUUUGAAUGACAUCAAUGUUGAAAACCAGUUUGUAUACACCGAUGGAAGUGCUGCAGACUUCCUUCUGUGGGGGCCCAACCAGCCAGAUAACUGGCAGAAUAAUGAGGACUGUGUGCACCUCAGAGGGAUGAAUCACCAAACGCCUGGGAAACUCAAUGAUGAUUCCUGCACUUCCACAAAGGAAUUCAUCUGCAAAAAAGCCAAGGGACAAGGACCUCCUCCCCAGCCCCCAACAUCUGGACCAGGAUGGAAUCAGAAAUGCGGUUCUUGGAUGGCUGACCCUUUUAAUGAUUACUGCUACCUGUUUAACUACCUGUCGAUGAGGACGUGGGCAGAGGCUCGAGCUGACUGUGUCAACCAGGGAGGAGACCUCCUCAGUAUCACUGAUCCCUUCGAACAGGCCUUCAUACAGGGUGUGAUCCAGGCGAGUCCCACAGGGAUCUCUCUGUGGAUGGGCGGUCAUGACUCCGUCACUGAAGGCGGCUGGGAGUGGACAGAUGGCUCUCCUUUCAGAUACAUUCGCUGGAGUGCAGGUAACCCAGACAACUAUUAUGGUGAAGACUGCCUGUCUAUAUAUAUUAACGGUGGCUACUGGAAUGACGACAACUGUGAGUACAAAAGAGGAUACAUCUGUGAGCGGAGAGGAAACACCCCUGAGCCUCCUCCACCUCAUGAUGGUUUCAUGACGGCGCUGGUGUGCCAGGAUUCCUCCGCUGUCCUUCACUGUCCACAUGAAAGUGUAAUUAACAUCCAGUCUGCUUUCUACGGACGAAAGAGUGAUGACAUCUGUCCACACCUGGAUGGAUCAGGAGGAGGAAGCUGCACAGUGGAAGGUAUCCUUCCUUACUAUAGAAAGGCGUGUGACAACCGACCCUAUUGCUUUGCGUAUGCCCAUACCGACGUAGACCCCUGUCCUACUGUUUCCAAAUAUCUCGAGAUCGUCUACAGCUGUGAACAAAAAGUGUGUCUGCAUGGCCUGGGUGUCGAGGAUGGAAACAUCACAAACUCCCAGCUCUCCGCUUCCUCCUCCAUUGGUUCAUUCACUCCGGACAAAGCCCGUUUGAAUGGGAAUUCCUGCUGGAUGCCUUCAGGAAGCUCAACCUCGAGCUGGAUCCAAGUGAACCUGGGCCAGACCAGAAAGGUAACAGGGAUAGUAAUCCAGGGUUGUCCUCAAAACGACCACUGGGUCACUAAGUUUAAGAUCCAGCACAGUUUGGACGGAACAACCUGGACUGAUUACACAGCUGAUGGUCAAUUUUUCCCAGGUUCAACAGACAGGAACACUCCUGAAACCCAGCUGCUGGGUACGCCUGUGUCAGCUCAGUACAUCCGCAUCCUCCCGCUGGAGUUCAGUGGUCAGGCAGGCCUUCGCUUUGAUAUCUUAGGAUGCACCCCUGACUAUGCGAUAACGUGCGCUAACAAGCCCAACUUCAACUUUGCCAAUGAUCGAAUGACUGUCCACUGUCCAGCAGGCUGUGCCAACGCUAAUUACAAAGUGUAUGGCACUUCGGUAUAUCGUGGGGACUCAAACAUCUGUGCAGCAGCUAUCCAUGCUGGAGUGAUACUAAAUGACAUUGGAGGAGACUGCACUUUGUUGAAAGCUCCAGGACAGGACUUCUAUGCUGGCUCUAGCAGGAAUGGCAUCACCUCGAGACAAUUCGAUGGAAACUAUGCUGUAUCAUAUGCUUUUGCUGAUGGGGAGCUGAGGUGUUCAGGGCCUGACUGGUUUGAGUUUGGAGAGUUCUGCUACAAACCUUUUGGAGACAGAAAGACGUGGCGCGAUGCCCAGGACAGCUGCAGGAGUGAGGGUGCUGAACUCAUGUCCAUCCUCUCGAUGACGGAGCAGAGCUGGCUGGAAAGCUACUUGUACCUGGCCACCACUGACGUGUGGACUGGUCUGAAUGACCUCUUCGUGCCUGGCAUGUUCUCCUGGUCUGAUGAAAACAUGGUGACCUUCACCUACUGGGCUCCAGGGGAACCCAACAACCACGAUGGGUUCAAUGAAGACUGUGUUGAGAUGUUACACCAGACUGGCCGAUGGAACGACGUGUCCUGCACAGAGCUUAAUACCUACAUAUGCAAAGCGCCCAAAGCACAUUACCCACUACCCUCUGUAAAACCCACUGUAUACGGAUGUCCUCAGGGAUGGGAUGCAUACGGAUACUCCUGCUACUUAAUGGAGGAGACUGCCCGGAGCUGGUCUGAUGCUAAGGCCUUCUGCAAAGAGCAGGACGGCUUCCUGCUGCACAUUGGAGACAUUUAUGAGCAGGCACAUUUUGCAGUGGCGUUGGCAGGAAAGACUGGUUUGUGGUGGAUUGGCCUGCGUGCUCACGGAGGGAUAACUGGAGGGGUGGACUACAUCUGGGACAACGGCUCACCUCUCAGCUUCACUCACUGGGACAGAGACCAGCCAGAUAGCGGGGAUGGUACUUGUGUGGCUAUGACAACGGGUCAGGUUGGUGGUUUCUGGGAUGACAAGCAGUGCUCAGAGAAAUACGCCUUCAUCUGUGAGAAAUACAGGCCUGACAUCACCCCGCCCACAAAACCCCCAACUCCUCCUCCUGCACAUGGCUGUGCUGAUAGCUGGACGGCCCUGCCUCACUUCAGGAAUUGCUACAAGCUCUUCCACAACGUGGACUGGUCCAUGAAGAAGAGCUGGGGAGCAGCAAAUGAGGACUGUGUUGCCAGAGGAGCAAACCUGGUCAGCAUCCACAAUCAGGAGGAGGAAGAGUUCCUGUCUCUGUACAGCAAAGCCAGCAGCAAGUGGAUUGGCCUCAAGCAUAACCCCACAGAGGGAGGUUACUCUUGGAGUGACGGAACACCUCUGUCCCACACCAACUGGGGUCCCGGGGAACCGAACAACCAUGAGGGCCGUGAGGAGUGUGUAGAGAUGGUGAGCAGCACCAACGGGACCUACUCCUGGUGGAACGAUCUCAACUGUGACGCUCACCAGGACUGGAUAUGCAUGAUCGCUAAAGGAAAGGACCCCAUUGUGCCCCCAUUGCCCCCACCUCCUAUCCCUGCUCCCGACUGCGGAACCAACGUUGGCUGGAGGAAGAACAACAACGUCUGUUACUACUACAACGACACGGACAUCGUGGACUUCCACAUAGCUGUGAAGCGCUGCUACGCUGAGAAGGCCACACUCGUCUCCAUCCUCAACAAAGAUGAACAGGCAUAUGUAAACACCAUGGUGGGGACAGGGCAGGUUUCUGCAGCCUGGAUCGGAAUGAGGAUGUUUGGCAUUGCUAGUGGACAAUACAUGUGGGUGGACCUUUCCCCCGUGACAUACACUCACUGGGGGCCAGGUGAGCCCAACAAUGCCAAUGGCGAGGAACAGUGUGUUCAGAUGAACAGACAUCAAGGUGGAUGGAACGAUGCCAACUGUGGCAGGGCUGGAGCAGGUUACGUUUGCAAGAAGUCCCCUGGAGAUGUCCACACCCCUCCUCCACCCACACAGCCCUGGGAGGGCAACUGCCCUGCAGGCUGGAUGCGUUUCAAGGAUAAGUGCUUCAUGUUCAAAGGGAAGAAAAAUGAUAUUAAAGCCAACUGGUCUUACGCUCGGACUUGGUGCAAAGAGCAGGGGGGAGAGUUGGCAGUUAUCGAUGACCAAUAUGAGAAUGACUUUGUGUCCAGUUACCUGAGGGACCUGGAGCUCCCCACGUGGAUCGGUCUGUCAGAUCUCUUGGUUGAGAAUCAGUAUGCCUGGAGUGACGGGGUCAGCCCAGUGCUGUACACCAACUGGAAUGACAAGGAGCCCAACAAUGCAGGAGGAGCGGAACACUGUGUGGCAAUGACUCACAGCCCACUGGUGAGUGGCAAGUGGAACGAUGACGCCUGUCACAAGGAUCAUAGCUUCGUCUGCUACAGGAAGAAAUCGAGCAGCAUCAACCCUCCACCCCCAACCAAGAGCCCCUGCCCAGCUGACUACAUCUCCUGGUACCAGAACUGCUACAAGCUGGUGGAGGAGCCGGCGACCUGGGACGCAGCUCAAACGGCCUGCAGCCAGCAGGGAGGCAACCUGGCCAGCAUCGACAUGAGCUACGACCAGGCCUUCGUCGCAGGAGUGGUGCUGCAGGGCAAAGCUGACGCCUGGAUCGGACUCAAGCGCAAGGAUGACGGCUCCUACAUGUGGACAGAUGGCUGGCCGAUUUUUUUCACUCAGUGGGGACCAGGAGAGCCGAGCAACAUCAAGGAUGAGGGUUGCGUGAGUAUGCAUGCGUCUCGUGUGUUCCACGGGACUUGGAACGACACCAAGUGUGACCAGGCAAAACCCUACAUCUGCAAGAUCUCCUCAGAAAAACCGCCGCCAACUCCUGCCCCUGGUGAUGGGAAGUGUCUGCCUUUCUGGGUCCCAUAUGGUCGCUACUGUUACUAUGUGUACAACGAGCAGCAGGGCUUCUCCUGGCCGGACUCUCGACACUACUGUCAGUCGAUCAGGGCAGAGCUGGUGUCCAUCCACAGCAGAGCAGAGGUGGAGUUCAUCAGGAACCUCAACUACACUAAACGUCACAACGUCUGGAUCGGACUCACCAGGGACCGCAACUUUGGAUGGGGCUGGACAGAUAGGACGUCUCUGGGCUUCCUGAACUGGGCUCCUGGUGAGCCCAAUUCAGCCUUUCACCCUGGGGAUGUGGCCGAGGAGAACUGUGUGGAGAUGUAUGGUGAUGGACGCUGGAAUGACAACAACUGCCUGCAGAAGAGAGGUUUUGCGUGCCGUCACCGCCAGUACUAUACAACAGAUGAUGGCGGUAAUCCUAUUUUCCCCACAGAUGGUCCAGGUAUCAACC